UCUGUAUACAUUUAAUGGAAUUUCACGUGCAAAAAUCACUGUCGAAUAUUGUUGUAUCCAUGAACAAGGCCUUUAUAAGCCCAAAAUCACACAUAUUUUAAUAUUCAUCAUCAUCUUCUUCCACACUUCCCCUUGAAAGGAUACAAAUAAAACCGAUUGAUUGUUAUGUGUUUACCUGAAAAGGUAAUAGAUAGAGCAGAAGACAUGGCACUAGAAGCAGUGGUUUUUCCACAAACACAAGACCCUUUUGGUUAUGGAAUCAAAGACUUCUACAACUUCAACUUCAACAACUUCGUUGCAAAAGAACAAGAACAAGAACAAAGAUCUUUCAGUUUUGUAGAAAACCAGACAGAAAACAAUUAUCCUUAUUAUGGAGAUUGGAAUAACAACAUCUCUACUUUGAAUGAACUUCAAGAAACUACUACUGAUCCAAGUAGUAACAACACUCAGAACUUGGAUACUUCACCUUCCAUUGACACGGUUGUUCGUCCGAAAAGGCGCAGAGCUAGAAGCAGAAAAAACAAAGAAGAAAUUGAGAAUCAAAGAAUGAAUCACAUUGCUGUGGAGCGUAAUAGAAGGAAGCAGAUGAAUGAGUAUCUUUCUGUUCUUCGCUCUCUCAUGCCGGAUUCUUACAUCCAAAGGGGUGAUCAAGCUUCUAUAAUUGGAGGUGCUAUCAACUUUGUAAAAGAGCUUGAACACAAGUUUCAAUUUCUUGGUGCUAAGAAAGAAAAAGAGGUGAAAUCUGAUGAUGAUGAUGAUGAUGAUGAUGAUGAUGCUGGUGGAUCAAACAAAAAGCCAUUUUCUGAAUUCUUUUCAUUUCCACAGUAUUCAACAAGCACUUCUAAUUCUGCAGCAGUUUUUGGUGAAAAAGUUGGUGAGAUUCAGUCUCGCAUUGCUGACAUAGAAGUAACAAUGGUUGAAAGCCAUGCAAAUCUUAAAAUAAGAUCCAAAAAGAGACCAAAACAGCUCUUGAAAAUGGUGUCUGGUUUUCAUAACAUGCGACUCACAAUCUUGCAUCUAAAUGUUACCACUACUGGUGAAUUUGUUCUCUUCUCUCUCAGUGUUAAGGUUGAAGAUGAUUGCAAGCUGGGAUCAGUGGAUGAUAUAGCAGCAGCUGUAUACCAAAUGGUGAAUAGGAUUCAACAAGAGGCAAUGUUGAAUUAAGAGUCAUAACAUAACCUAUUUCUCUCUCUAUUAUUGCAAUGUUUGUUCAUCUUUUAUUAAUUUAUAAAUUGUGGGCUCAUUGAAGGAACCAUUGUGCUUGAGAAGGUUAUGGUAAUUAACUAGAUCCUUUUCAUCUCUA